UUAAGGGAUAGAAUGUCGAUCGAAGAAAAUUAUCUAAUAAGGGAAGUAAGGGAAUGCGAGAUUUUUAUCGUAAAUUCCUUAAUGGAGGCAAAUUUUCAUCCCGAGGAAACGAUUUUAAAAUGCCUUCUUUCGAAUAACGAGCAGAGUCUCACUGACAAUAAAUUAAGACAAAUAGACGAAGAUCAACGUAAAAUAAUCGAAGCAAUGAUAUUGAAUUUACCCUGUCAAGUGGCUGUUGAUAAAUGUAGUGAGAAAAUCAUUGGCGUUAAUAUAAUGAUUGCAAGCGAAAAUCCAAAUGUAUCGAUAAAUAAUCGAUCGAUUAAUGUUUACGAAGCUUAUCCACCAAAGUGCGAACUUUUAUCGAACUAUUUUCACAUAAUGAAUGACAUGAUCGAUAAAGCUAAACUCUUCGGCAAAUUCCCCAAGGUGAAACGCGCUUUGGAAUUUUAUGCGAUUGUCGUGGACAAAGAUCAUCGAAGAAAAGGCUUAUCGAUUGCUUUAAUGCAAAAUGGCAUCGAAUAUGCUAAAUCUAAUGGAUACGAUUUAGCUUUUGGACUUUUUACAUCGGCAUACUCGAAAAAAGCAGCUGAGAGAGUAGGCAUGAGAAGCGUCAUGGACAUCGAUCUUUUAAAAUAUCAUGAUCCACGUGGAUCGUUGAUCUUUUCGAAAUCCUAUCCACAUAAUGUCGCUUCUGUAAUGGUGACAUUAAUAAAAACAUUUUAAUGGUUUAAUAAUUAUCAUUAAGCGUUCACAAUUGAUAA